AUGGUUGGUGCUGAUGGCGUCCAACAACCAACAGAAGGUGCUACAAACAAAGUGGAUGGAACAACACGGAAUGUGCAUGAGCCACCUCCGAAAAACACGGAGGGUGGUGAUGAUGUGUGUGGUUCUUUGGAGGACUGGCUGCACCCUCUACCAGCAUUUGACGAAUUAGAGCUGCCCCCACACAUGUGUGCUAUAUUCAACAAGCAUAAAGACAUCCAUGCUGCAGAACUUAAAGGUGCAUUGAGCUCAUUUGGGAGUUUGUUGGAGGGAAUCUACCUCAAAAGAAUGGGCCUGAUGUUGUCUGAAGCAUCCAAAGCUGGAUUUAGGAGUGACGAAGCGAAACAUGAUGUCACUUUUCAUGCAGCAGCAGCUCCCGCUCCUGGCAUGUGCAAAGCAACUGCUAAUGACUCGUCUCCGCAACAGCAGAAGAAACGGGAUACUAAUACAGGAACUGUCAAUGCAUCUGUCACAAUUUCAUCUCCACAGCAGCCCAAGCAGCCUAACAACUUGGAACAAGAAGCAUGUAUUGAUGAUACAAUAGAGGAGGCACAGGUUGGAGUCAGCAGCGGGCAAGGCCAUGAUCAGAAGCAUCCUACACUUAAGAAAGCUGCACCGACCGAAACAACCGCAGCAAAGUUGCCAAAAAUGAAGAAGAAAAAAAUUGAUGCAAUGGAUGAUGCGAUAUACCAGAGGUACUGUUGUACCAAUUAUAAGAUAAAGGACCCACCCCGAGGCGAGCCACUCCCUUCGUUCAUAAGGAUAGGUGGUUUCGAUAUUUCAUUCAAACAUUUCAGCAACGGGCUCAAAAAGCGGGCUCAUGUGAACAAUGAGGUGAUGUCACUCUAUAUUGAAAGUUUCAACAUUGAGCACAUGUACAGUUCAAGCAAGCCAAGGAAGUUUGCAUUCUCACCAAAUGUUGCGUCAAAACUCUGUGUGGACCCAAGUUCAUUCAAUACAAAUUCCUGCACGAAAUAUUUGAAAAGGGCCUGUGAGAAGAACGACAUUGCCAAAGCUGAUCAAAAACUAAGGCAAUUGUUUCUGCAACUAUGUUCAGAAACAACCAUCCACGCCACCAUCCAACCAUCGUGA